ACAACACGCACCAAACGGUACCGGAAGUGCUUGCUGCUGGCGGGAAAUAUGCUACUGUUAGGAGGUUGUGGAAAGACUGUUUACCUUGUUGUGUUGAUCUUGCACUAUGAAGGCAGACGUGGACAGAAUUAUUUCCUUAUCCAAUGCUGACAGUUCUGGAGAACUUCAGAAAUAUUUGUCCACUCUCACUGAAGGCAAGUUGACUGCGCUGAUUUCCAAUUGUGCACUAAAGGGAAAUACGAUCGGCAAAAUUAUUAAAGCCAUUUUCAAAGGCUCACCACCUGGAUCUACUGAUGGGUCAAAACGAAGACUCCUGCUUUAUCAACAUUGCAUCCCUCUCUGUGGGUCUGGUGACCUCCAAAGUGAAGUGGCAGCAGAUCUCAUUGGACUGCUCAUGCUGGAGACGCACACUCUGGUUGGACCCUGUCUUGCACAACUAGCAAAUCUAUUUGUUGAAGAAAUCAAGGCAGGAAAAAUAGGCAAUGGCAAAUCCUUGGAGCUAUUUCCUACUGUACUUACUGCCUUGACAGCUUGUGAAACAUUGUCGUACGGCAAAGGUGAGCUCAGUGGUGAGCAAUACAAGAAACAACUAAUCAACAGCCUUUGCUCUAGCAGAUGGGACACACAAUGUGUUAUCCACCUAACUACAAUGUUCAGAGAUGUGCCCCUGUCAUCGGAUGAGUUGCAGUUUGUGGUUCAAAAAACGCUGCGGAUGUUCAGCAAGCUCGACCUGCAGGAGAUUCCGCCACUUGUUUAUCAGUUGCUCUUGCUAUCUGCAAAGGGUUGCAAGAAACAGGUCCUCGAGGGAAUUGUCAGUUAUUUUAAGCAGCAAGACCUUCACCACCAAAAGGAGCAGAAACACGGAGAGAACUUGGAUUUAGAAGUUCAAUCUAUUCCACAGGACCAAUUAAGAUAUGUGGAGGGCACUGUUAUUCUCCACAUUGUUUUUGCUUUGAGGCUCGACCACGAACUUGGGAGAGAAUUCCUGAAAAGCGUCAAGGCUUCCUUUGGGGACUUUUGCCCUUUCAGCGUGGCUGUAUUGCUCUCUGUUACACGAAUACAGCUCUAUGAGGAAAAGGUGUUUACACUUUUCAAGGGGGCAAUCAUCAAGAGCUUCAAAGAUGAGGAGCUACUGCAGGGGUCAAAGUUCUUGCAGGACCUUGUGCCUGGUCACUUAAGUGUCGCUGAGAUGAUUUUGGACACGGUGAAGAGCAGUGUCUUUGGAUGGGAUCAUGUGACCCAGGGCCUGGUGCAGCUGGGCUUCUUUCUAAUGGAUACGUUUGGACCUAAACCCGGACCAUUUGGAAAGCCCAAUGAAGGUUCUUCUACUGUGGCCCGGACCCCCACUCAGCUGGCAUGUAAACUUGGAGGUCAGGUACUCCUCCAGGGCUUUAAGAUGCAUGAGGCAAUCAGAGGCGAGAUCCUGGAGCAAGUUCUGAAUCGACUGGUCGCAAAGACUGCCUCACCUGUCAAUCAUUUUUUAGACCUUUUCUCAGACAUUGUAACCUCCGCUCCAAUGAUAUUGCUGGAGUCAUCCUCCAAGGUUACCGAGACGUUUGACCAUCUGUCAUAUCUCCCCCUGCCCACUGUACAGGGCUUGCUAAAAGCUAUCCAGCCUCUGCUGAAAGUCAGCAUGUCCAUGAAAGACGCAUUGAUUCUGGUGCUCCGCAAGGCCAUGUUUUCAAGUCAGUUGGAUGGACGAAAGUCCGCUGUUACUGGCUUCCUGUUGCUGCUGAAGAACUUCAAAGUGCUUGGCAGCCUGGCCUCCAGUCAGUGCAGCCAGACAAUCUCCUCCAGCCAGAUCCAAGUGGAUGUUCAUUCUCGAUAUAACGCUGCUGCCAAUGAGGCCUUCUGUCUGGAAAUCUUGAGCAGCUUGCGCCGUUGCCUUGGCCAGCAGGCUGACGUGCGCCUUAUGCUCUAUGAGGGCUUCUAUGAUGUUCUUCGUCGGAACUCCCAACUUGCAAGUUCCGUCAUGCAGACGCUGUUCUCACAGUUGAGGAAGUACUACGAACCCGAACAAGAUCUUUUGCCCCCGGUGAAAUUGCAGCCUUGCAUCACAGCUAAUGCAGAACAGAUCCACCUUCAGGAGCCUCUGGCCCACCUGGUAGGCUGUACCGUGCAGUGUCUGUUGUGGCUUUUAAAUAUGAAGCGAUCAGCCAAAAUCAGAUCCGACGACAGUGAUGAUGAUGAUGAUGAUGACGAGGAUGAGGGGUACCAGUCCGAGCUACAGACGAUCCUAGACAGCAUCACAAAACGCAUGAUCAAAAGUGAAAUGGAGGACUUUGAACUGGACAAGUCAGCAGAAUUCUCCACCGCAUCCAGUGUUGGUGUGAAGAAUAAUAUCUACGCUGGGCUCGUAAUAGGACUCUAUGAGGUCCUCUUGGAGUACAACUUUGUCAAAGGCAAUUACAGUAAAAAUGCCUUUGAGGAGCUGUUGGAGCUGUUUAACCGCUACAACAAGCUGUGUGAGAUCCUGAGGGAGAAAUCCGGGAAAGGUCGACAGCUGUCAAACAAGACUCCUAGAAGUUUGCUCUCGGUGCGCUUCAUAUCGACUCUGGUCACUGCGCUCUUUAGAGACAGCUCUCAGAGCAGAGAGGAGGCUCUCAACGUGCUGCGCUCCAGUGGAGAAUUUGUACGUUAUGCGCUUAGCGUGGCUGUGCAGAAGAUCCAGCAGCUAGAAGAUAGCGGAGUUACUGACGGCCCAGAUGGCCAAAGUUCAAACUUGAUGUUCCGCUUCCUGUGUGAAAUGACAAGCGUGCUGAUGUGGCGGUAUACCAACGUUCCCAGCGCAGCGGAAGAUGCUGGGAAAAAAGAAAAACGAUCCAGCCUGUCACAAUUGAGCCUGGAAGGCCUUCUCGGGAUAUUCACUACCUGCCAGCAGCGCUACCCUGAUAAGAUGUCCAAACUUCUCUCAUUCAUUGACAAUUCGGAGGACAUUGCUGAGUCAGAAGAUUGCGAACAGAUGACGUACUCUUACAUUCGUCAAUUUCAGAGAGCGCUGUUCGCCCAGUUGAGUGGAGGAGAGGAGGAAUUUAACAGCAAAGAAGCUCAGCUAUUGGUUAACAUUCUGAGCGUGCUUUCACUCCAGCUAAAGCCCUCCUCUCAGCAGUUUACUCAGAUGAUCACAUGGACAGUGAAAAUCUGCAAGGAGACCAGCGUUGAGGACUCUGCUUUGUCAAAGGGGCUGCUUUCACUUCUCUUCAGCCUGCAUGUUCUUUUUAAGAGCCCUACCAGCUUGUUGCUCGAACUCUGUCAGGACAUCCAUAGCCACCUCGGAGAUAUUGAUGAGGAUGUUGAGGUAGAAAAGCAGUCCCACUUUGCUAUUGUGAGCAUGAAAACGGCAUCGACAGCAGCAAUGCUGGUCCUGCCUCUAGUGGACAAGGUGCUAGAUGAAGUGGACUGGCUAAUUGGCAAAAGGAAAAACCAGUUGGCUACUGACAAAUCAGAUCCAGAAGCGGCCACGCAAUCUGCAGGCCACCAGGAUCCGGUUGAGAAAGCAGUGACACUGCAGCUUGGAACCCUUCUGACGGCAUUAAACGAGUUGGUCCAGACCGCAUUGCAGCUUGGAACCUGCACCAUCACAUUGCUCCGAGCGUUGAGUCGCACUUAUACCAUCCUCACCACGCUGGUUAAAUAUUACAUUCAAUUUUGUGCCAGUCAGAGUGCUAGAUUACCUUCACGCUUUGAAAAGCUGGUCAAACUGUCUGGAUCUCAUCUGACUCCACAAUGCUACUUUUUCAUCACAUAUGUUCAGGGGGGAGAUUCAAGUGUUGGAGGGGCAGACAAGAAGAAAAAGAAGAACGAAGUGAACACUGCUGCCACUGCAAAACUUCUGCGUCAGACCAAGGCCAUACCAAACUUGAUCUUCAGCAUUGAAGAGUAUGAGAAAUACAUGAUCACACUCUCAAAGAAGUCAAAGGUAAAUCUGAUGCAAUACAUGAAACUGAGCACCUCGAGAGAUUUCCGCAUCAAUGCUGCCACUCUGGAUGCAGCCCUACAAGAACAAGACGACACUGUGGAAGUAAGCGUCAUCUCCACACAAAGGGGGGGGGGGGGUAAAUCUGUCCCGGCCUGCUUUCACCAUUUGUAUCCGUUUGUGUUCCUGAUGAGCUUCCAGGCAUCUCUCCAUUUUGCGUUCAUGUUACGAGAGUCCUUCACCUGGUCCAUAAACUGUUAUCUUCCUUUAUUAAGGGAGCCUUUGGUGAUGUCAACUAUUUGGUAGAUGUCCAAGGCUUCACCUGAAAGCAUAUCUUGUAUGUUCAUCUGUUUUCUCCAACUGUGCAAUUUAAUUAAUAAACUUUAUAUUGAGCA